AUGAGCCUGAGUCUAGCGGAGCCAACCCCGGCCACUGGCGCCAACAUCUCGCUUCAGAAUCCUGUCGCUGCCGCCGCCGUCAGCGCAAUAGGUGGUGAUGCGACACCUCGCCCUUCGAGCUAUAAUGAGCCCGACACGGAUUCCAACAAGAAGGAUGUCAAGAGCAAGGUGAAGGGCUUGUUCGGACUGGGCAAGAAGAAGGAGGAUUCGAACGCCUCAAGCAAAUCGUCAACGUCUGCAACCGCCAAGCCUCAGCCUUCGACCGUCACCAGCAAUCCCUCCUUGUCAAGGGAUCCCUCCAGGGCCUCCGCGAGAUCUACCACCGUGCACCCAUCGUCGCCAGGUCGUGGCAUUUCUGGCUCUCCGCGCCUGCCCUCCCCUGCCGGCUCCCAGAUUUUUGAGCGAGAUGUCGAUAAUAUGUCAAUCAAGCCGCAAUCGCCCGCCAUCCCGUCGCACAUCCAGACUGAGAACCACAUCCCGCCCGUCUUGGACGCCUCAUCAGAGGCCAUUACCGACGACCAUCUCGACCCAGACAGCGUUGAGAUUGUCACACACGCCCAGCACCAGCCUGCGGCUGCUGCCGUGACUGGUGUCAACGGCACCCCGCACCACCCCGAUUCCAUGUCCGCCUCGUGGACGGAGGAGCUGCGCGCAUUCGCCGAUCGCGAUGAUGCAUCAAAUUACAAUUCGCUCGAGAACGCCGACGUGCGCAGACUGAGUUUCAUCUCUUUCGCCGACGUUGUACAGGCCGAACAUGGCGGACACGCCGGCGCAGCCGGUUCCCGGGAUUCGAUCCAUGUCGCAGGCUUGACCUCUCUAUCGUCGGUUAACGCUCGCUCGCCAUCCCCUAUCCGUUCGCCCGUAUCGUCUCAGCCGGCCACGUCCCCACCGACGAGUAACCCCGGCUCCGUCAAGGGACUGGAAAUGUCCCCGGUCCGGAAGCCCAUCGGCAGCCCCAUUUCGUCGCAUCACAACCUGAACAUGAGUGGCGACCUCAACAUUGAGACGAUGUCGCAAGCGCUCAGGCGCACGGCAAGCACGGAUCUUAGCGGGGUCCGAAGCUUGCCCACGAGCCCGAUUGAGGGACCGUCACGCUGA